UGCAUUUUUGGAGAAUUAGUUUUGGAACAAACGGCGCCUCGUAAACGUCGUGCAUUACGUGUAAGGAUCGGGUGGCGCGGCGCAUGGAUGGAGGAGUUCAAGUGUUGCAAGAUGACUUUCAACUUCACAGCCUUUCUCAUCAUCUGUUUACUCGUAGGAGUUAAAAGCUAUGAAGUCACCAAUAUAUCCAUUAUUGCACUCACAUUUGAAAGUGCCAAUAGUAUUCAUGCAAGUUGCAUUUUCAUCACAGAUGUGACUGUCUUCUGCACACUCAUCAGUAUCUGUAUAGGAAAAAUUGUAGUGAGGUACACAGCAGUGGUUGAUGAAACUAGUCGUGACAAUCAGAAUUUGAAUAGCACACAAUUAAUUAUAACAAACAAAAAAUAUUAUGUUGUACAUUCAUCGCUUGUCCUGCAGGAUGCUCAAAGUCAGUGAGUUGCCCACAAAGCCCUUGUGAUAAUGCUACUUGCCCUGGACUGGUGGAAGCUGAAUGUGUGGUUGAUUUGGGUGACUGCAGUGUGACAUGGUUUAUUGGUGAUAAAGAUGUCACUGACCUAUGCCAAGGAUGUGAGGAUGGAGAAAUCCGUUUAAUAGAAAUGGUUGGUGUGAAUGAAAGGCUAGUUGAAAUAUGCUAUAACUCCACCUGGGGAUUGGUCUGUGAUGACCAGUGGGGAGCAAAUGACAAUAAUGUCCAAGUUGUCUGUAAGCAAUUUUGUUUCGAGAGUGGAGAGAAAGGUAAAAUUUGUCCAAAUGUGAGAGAUGGGAUAUUCUGGUUGGAUGAAGUGAAUUGUACGGGAGACGAAGGGCGUUUGGAUAACUGUGCACAUAAUAACAUUGGAGAACAUGACUGCACCCUUGCUGAGGCUGUUACAGUUAUCUGUUCAACUAAUGUCUGCCUUGAAGGGACUAGAUGUACACAAGAUGGAAAUUUUGCUUGUGAAUGCAAUAACAGCUACACUAAAGAUGAAACUGGUUACAAAGAUAUUGAUGAAUGCACUAUGAAUGUGCCCAACUGUACGAAACAUUCCAUGUGGAAAAAUAUACAAGGAAGUUUCUACUGCAUGUGCAAGCCUGGAUACUCCUGUGGGGAAGAUGGAUAUUGUACAGAUAUUGAUGAGUGUGCUAUGAACACUACUCACAACUGUACCAAUGGAACUUCCGAAUGCAGUUAUGAGUGUGCUAUGGACACUCAAAACUGUACUAGAAACUGUUCUAAAUGCGUCAAUACUCCCGGUAGUUAUUUUUGCAUGUGCUGCCUAGGCUACACAGGAAAUGACUGUGAAGACAUGGAUGAGUGUGAAAAUCCCACUCUUAACAACUGUGAUGUAAAUGCUAUGUGCAUCAAUACUUGUGGCAGUUUCUCGUGCAUGUGUAAUGAUGGCUACUUUGGAAGUGGAACUCACUGUGAACUGUGUAAUCCUGAAAAACCUUUUUGCCUUGGUUAUACUAAAAAUUGCACAGACAUUGAUGAGUGUGCACUUGGUUUGGACGACUGUGACGAAAAUGCUAUCUGUACUAAUACAGAAGGCUGUUACAUAUGCACAUGCAGAGAAGGCUACUGCGGCGAUGGAAGAAAUUGCACUGUUUCAGACGCAAGUACGGGUAUUCGUCUUGUUCAUGGUAAUGAAACGUCUGGCCUGGUUGAGGUACUUCACAAUUGUGAAUGGAGAUCAGUUUGUGAUGAUUAUUGGACCGAUGAAGAUGCAAAGGUAGCCUGUCGACAACUGGGACUCUUGCCUUAUGCUGCUGGAUCAUAUCGUAGGGGAAUAUUCAGAGAUGGUGAAGAAGUGCAAUACUGGCUAGAUGAUGUACAGUGUAAGGGUGAUGAGUUGUCGUUGUUUGAUUGUCCACAUAAAGACACCCAUAACUGUGGUAGGAGAGAAAGGGCUGGAGUCCACUGUCUGGAUAAUGAUGAUGUUGGAAUAAGGCUGGUUAAAACCACAACUCUUUAUUCUGGAAUUAUUGAACUAAGAAUAAGAAAUGAAUGGAGAUCAGUAUGUCACGAUAAAUGGACUGACGAAGACGCUCAAGUGGCAUGCAGAUCAUUGGAACUUCCGUCUAGUGGUGCUAAAAAAGAAAUCAAUGGAAAGUUUGAGCCAGGUGAAAAAGUUAUAUACUGGAUA